CGAGUUUGAAUUCUACUCUCUUCAAGAUCUGACUGAAGCUGCAUUAACAUAUUGUAAGAAGCAGGCCAAGGUGGAAUGUCAUACUAGUAUUACUCGACCUACUUUGGCAGACCCCAAACCUGGCACUAAGUACUUACAGUCACAUCAGAGGCCUGGGGAUGAGUGCUACUAUCUGACCCAGACUACUGGUGAAGAAAAUGAGAAGGAUCGUGCUUUCUUCAGACAUCAAAGUACAUGUGUAUACCCCAAAACAGAGCAGGUGCGAUAUCAGCCCCGCUUCCUCUGCAUGCCCCGGCCUAAUAGACCUCCGCCUGGUCCUCUCCCACUUAUAACACCAAAUCCAGCACCCAAACAUGGUGGAGAUAGGCCUCAUGUGGCAGCAGGCGAGCCGGCAACGUCUAAGCCAACAGGAGCAGAGGAGCGCUCUAUAACCAAAGGCAGAAAAAAGAGUUUUACAACAGAGAUAGUGACACCCAGAGCUCAGAGGAACCCAAUGCCUGAAUCUGAUGCUUUGGAGGAAAAGAUAGAACUGCCUGAGGAUCACAAUGAUUACAUGGUUGCAGAGCAUUCGACUGGCUACCCAAAGGACUUAAACAGUCAAUGGACACAGAGUGCAAUAGAGACAGGUGGUGAGGAAGGUGGACACGCUCCAAGACCAUCUUAUAUGAACCUCUCUUUGGGUCGCAGUCACGUUUCAAAAGUCUCCAGUGACAGAAGACAAACAGAGGGGGGCUGGCAUCCAAGUCCUGUGAAACAGGAUGACCUUCAUUUACCCCCCAUUAAACAACUGCUUCAUGUGGACGUAGACAGCAAGGAACAUGGGCUCAAAACUGGGAGCACGACUCAAGAAAACCACAAGGAACCAGUACCACAACUGCCAGAUAUAUAUCAGCCUGAGGUCAGAACCGAGGCGGCUGCUUCCAAACCUCCAGAGAGAACUGCACUUAAAAAAGUGCUUGUACUGCUUCCUUUCCCGUUGGAACAAGAUGGUCUCUGUGGCCUUUCUGAGGAAAAGGAAGAAAUUGAGGAUGUCCUGUGUAGUGAUGUGGAACAGAAAGUGGAGUCGAUUAGAAAGGAAGAGAACAGGAUUACUGAACAUGGAUACAGGCUAAAAGUAGUUCAACAGGAUAACCUCACUGGUUUUGAACCGGAAGAGGACAAAGAGCAUCAGACUGCUGUGGGUCUACUGCCACCAUUUAUAGGUCGUAGAGGCCUCGGAAAACAAUGCUCAAUGGCACUCCACAGACAAGACCCGCGUGACCUGGCAGAUCAGUCUGAGCCUCAGCCUGGCAUCAUCAGAGGCAUUCUUCCUCUGGAACUGAGAGAGUGUCAGAAAGACGGAGUUCUGGGCACCUUAAUAAUGGAUCCUGCUGGGGAAAUCAUAUGUUUAUCUUUUUGGGAUGCCUUAACUGACACAAAGGACCACCCAGCCCUGAAGGAUGCCACGAGAGAGCAUGUUGUCAGGGUUAUGACCUCUGAAGGUGUUUUGGAGGAGUCAUGGACCAUCUUGGAGCAACUAGCAGAGCAAGCUCCACAAACAGGAGGACUGGAUGACAGAGAAGUGGAGCGAGGUCACAAAAAACAACAAACCAGCUCUAAGCAAGAGGACUUAUCUCGAUUGGAUGAUCAUACCACAGAGGAGGAGAUGGCAGAAUGUUCUGGCACAGAAAGAAUAGAAGGAAGGAGGCGGAUUAAAAGGAAGGGCCAGGCUUGUAUACCUGAGCAAAGAAAAGAAAAGACAAACAACUGUACAGAAAGUCAGCCCUACAGCAGAGGGGAAGAUAUCAUUCAACAGACAGGAAGAAGGACACAGAGGCCACAGCCUAAGGCAAGAGAGAGACCUGGGUCAUCACCUCGACCAGGGUCUGCUAGCACCACUCAAGAAACAGCUCUUUCCACCUCCAGUGCUGCCGAUGAAUAUAUUGAUAAAACAAUUCCCCGAAGUCAGACAGAGUCAUUAAAAGAAAAUGUCAGCCAGUCCAGAAAAGCAGGUAAAUUAGACAAAGCAAACGACCCCCACAUAAGGAAUGAAAAGAGGCAAGUCAGCGAUGUUAAUUAUGCAGGGGAGAAGACAGUAGAACCAAAUGUGGACAAUGUGGACACAGAGUCACAACACACCAGUUUUAGUGAAGAAACAGUUUCUGGUCCAAUACAAAAGAAGAAUAAAAAGGCAGGUGGUGACAAAGCAAAGUCCACCAAGUCGCAAAAUGCAGCAGAAAAAAUAAAAAAGAAGUCCAAAGGUCAAGCAGUAUUUGUUGUAGGCAAACCGAGGCAGUCGCAGGAAGUACUGCAAACUGAAAAGAGUAAAUAUGGUUCCAGGAGACAGGACAAGACAAUAUCCAACACACUGGCGAAUGAGUCAGAGGACAAAUCGGAAAACGAUUUUUCCUGUGAUUCUUCUGAAUACACUGUGGAUGAAAUGAAAAGCAGCCAGGCCUCGACUGCCCCAAAGACCCACGAUGCUGGAGACAGCCCAGGCAUUGAUCAGGAUUACACCCAUAUCAGGAAGGGUGCAGCAGGGCACAGCCAGGAGACUGAUCUGAUUGCUGUCUCCAGAGACGAGGGUGGUGCUGGAGACGUCGAUCGAAUCUCAGAAUUCCAAGAACAUGAUGUAUCUGCAGCUUCUUCCAGAUCACACAGCUCUGCCAAGUCAUCCUGUUCAAGCACCUGGAGUAUUCAGAGAACCAGUGUAUCAUCAGACACGGGGAUGUUCACCCCAAUACAACUUCCGCAUCGCUUCCCACGCUUGGGUGCCCCAACACACCAUCCCGCAUCCAACCCUGCCAAGUCUGAUUCAGCUGCUGAUGCUAAGGGCAGUGAAGAAGCCAUCAACUUGAGGAAAAGCAGAGUUGCGGCAGCUCGGGCCGCCAAGGCUGAACAUCGCCGACUGGAGGUGGAGAGGAAGAGGAAGCAGAAAGAAGAGGAGAAAGAGCACGAGAGGAAGAGACAGGAGGAUAAGGAGCUGACAGAAGAGAGAAUGCGGUUGGAGCUGGAGGAGGAGCAGAAACAGAGGGCACAGCAGGCCAGGUUGAGGAAGCAUAAAGAAGAAGAAGAGAGACAGAGACAGGCUGAGAGAGAGAUGGAAGGACAGAGGAGUGAGCAGGCUGAGAAGGAGAGGGAGAGGAGGAAGCAAGAAGAAACAAUGAACAAGAAGAGAUAUCUAGAGCGACUUCAAAAAGAGAGGCAUGAAGAGGAGAUGAGAAGAGCAGCUGAGUUAAAGCGUCAACAAGAGGAGGAAGAGGCCCGUAGGGAGGAGGAGUACAGGAGAUUGCAGGAGAUGGACGAGAGCGAAAGACUGGAGUACUUACGCAGGCAACGAGAGGAAGAAGAGGAGAGGAGGAAGGCUGCAGAGGAGAGAAGACGAGCAGAAGAGGAAGCAGCCAUGUGGGAUGAAGAGUUCAAUAGGCAGAGGGCAGCACUGGAACAAACUCUCCAGUUCCAAAGAGAACUUUUUGUAGAGACAGAGGGUCUGAAACAGAAGCAGAGCAUCUCUCGGCCCUGGGUCUUUUCCUACUUCAGUCGGCUCGGCUUAGAAAACUGUAAUACGUCCAAGGAGUGAAAUAAAGCGUAUCAUGUCUAUCUAAUUUGCUGAAACUUAAAAUACAUUCCUAUUGUAUCACUUGUACUUGAAGUAAGAAAUGUUCCACAUCACCAGCUUGACCCUCCAGCUAUGUCCAUGUUACAACCAAAAAAACAGAUACCGUCUUUAUUGAGUUCGAUAUCAACUGUAAUUUUUAAGAAAUGUAAUAAUUUUUUUAAACUUUAUAAUUUUACUUUAAUUUUGAGUGUUUUAAAUGUCAUUAGCCACCAGUGUUACCAGAUCAAAUAAUCUGGGUAAGUUAGUUUAUCUGGUGCCUCUCUUUGGGCCCUUAAGUAUUAAUGUUCUUUGCAAUGAUGAGUAGGUAAAUAUUAUUAAAGGCUUUCCCUAGAACUUUUGGUUUUCAGGGCACCCAGGGUUACAUAAAGCCUACCCAGGGGGUCAGUGAUGUUAUUGUUUAGCUACAGUGGGGGUUAUCAUAAAACACAAUUAAUAAAAAUAUAAAUAAUAUUCACUGGAAAUAAAAAUG